CGGGCGGCUCUGCGGGCACGCCCCCUCGCCCGCAGCCCCCUCCGCGCCUCUCUGCCGCCUCCUCUCUCUCGGCGGUCAGAGAGGGUCGGAGCGAGAAGAUGGCGAAGACGUACGAUUAUCUCUUCAAGCUGCUGCUCAUCGGCGACUCAGGCGUCGGCAAGACCUGCCUCCUGUUCCGCUUCUCCGAGGACGCCUUCAACACCACCUUCAUCUCCACCAUCGGAAUUGAUUUUAAAAUCAGAACGAUAGAACUUGAUGGAAAGAAAAUUAAACUUCAAAUAUGGGACACAGCAGGUCAGGAAAGAUUCCGAACAAUCACAACAGCGUACUAUAGAGGAGCCAUGGGAAUUAUGUUGGUCUAUGACAUCACAAAUGAAAAAUCCUUUGACAACAUUAAAAAUUGGAUAAGAAACAUUGAAGAGCAUGCCUCUUCAGAUGUUGAAAGAAUGAUCCUGGGUAACAAAUGUGAUAUGAAUGACAAAAGACAAGUGUCAAAAGAAAGAGGGGAGAAGUUAGCAAUUGACUACGGGAUUAAAUUUUUGGAGACAAGUGCAAAAUCCAGUACAAAUGUAGAAGAGGCAUUUUUUACACUUGCACGAGAUAUAAUGACAAAACUCAACAGGAAAAUGAAUGACAGCAAUUCAUCAGGAGCAGGUGGGCCAGUGAAAAUAACAGAAAACCGAUCCAAGAAGAGCAGUUUCUUCCGCUGUUCGCUGCUUUGAUGAACUCUUGCUUUCUGAGAGACUGCAGUACACCUAGAGGGCCCUUCCCUGCUUCUCUGAAAGCACAGGUCACCCAGCCUCAGUCACCCCGCCCAGCUGCUGCAGAGAGCACCACUGAACUAUAGACCUCAACACAGAACGCCAAGUGGAUUCCAGCCCCGUGACCUAGCAAAAGAACAGGCUCCUUUCUUCAGACAUGGAAGCAAUGAUAUGGAGACCCAUGCAGGACCUAACUGGUUUUUCUUUGUUUGACUGCCUGUCACAGAAGCUGCUAUCUUUCUUUUUCACUUUGCACAUACAUCAGUGUUAGCCUUUCCCUAGUACAAUCUUAGACUCGUGUUUGUGCACUUUUGUGUCAUGAAAUUCUAGGCAGAUUUAUACAUUGAGGGAUGCUUAAAGACAACAGAACAUUAAGCAGGGUUAAUCUACUAAAAUUAAAGGACAGUUGGUCUGGAUCAUACAGCCAAAAGUUACUGCAUUGGUAGCAUUGAUAGAAGGGCUUUGAUUUAAGGGAAUCAAAUCCUGAUUUAAUCAAAUCAAGUUCUUAAGAAUCAUUAAAUUCUGAUGAACUCUUUAAAAUUCAUAAAAAUGCCCACCUAUUCGUCAGAGGCCACAGUGUCUAUCUUUUCAGAUGGUUAACAGCUUUGCUUCAUCCCUGAGGACUGUAGGAAUCCAUUUUGAAAUUGAUUGCCUCUGGAAACUACUCAGUAUCUCACUGUUGGCAGGGUUUCUAUUUGCUAUUCUCUCUCAUGUUUCACUUAUUGUAAUUACUUAGUUAUCUAAAAUGAAUAACACACUCAAACACUGAUGUAUCUAUUUAUGGACUUUGUGAGCUGAGGUUUUACAUAGGCAGAGAAGUAUAUUAUUAGGGCUUUAUUUCAGCAUCUAACUGUAGUCCUGUUACAUCACAAUAUAUGUUUCUCUUAGUUCUACCCCUUUACUUUUACCCAAUUUUAAUCAUCCCCAUCUGUGAGAGUUAGCAAAAGCUGGAUUGAAAUUUUAGUUUGCAGAAAGCAUACCUAUAAGGAGAGAGAGAGAACUUGUUGAUGUUAGUUCAAAGAUAACUGUUGGUAAUGCUGAAAAUAAUGACUUUUGGUUCUAUUGUAGGGGGUUAAAACAUAAAAGUAAUUAUACAUAGCACAUUCUGUAGAAAAUCUUAUCUUUUAUUAGAGAAAAUAUGAUCAAGGUUUCAGUUUCAAACAGCUGUUGUUGAAUAUGUAGAACCCAGCUCUGUUUAGGUUCAUUGUUAGAGAAGUGGUUCAGUCAUUUAGGCCAAAGCCAACCAAAAGCUUAGUUGCCUUUCUUCCCAAAUGCUGGUACUGAUAUUUCUUUUGUGGAUGAAACUAUCACUUAAGAAAAAAAGGUAUUAAUGGAGUGUUAUGUGCCAAAUUCAGAUCAUAAUAUCACUGUGUUAUUCUAGCCUUUGGUAUCUCAACACAGGAUAUAACAAGGUGAUAAAGGAAAUGAACUCUGUAGUAAUUACUAUCCUGGUUAGGCCUACCAAAGCUGCUGUCAUGCUACACACUUAAGAACUGGAGGUGGAAAUGGAAAUGGAUUGCUUGUUACACAGAGAAUUCUGCUUCAAAUUAACGUAUGUUGUUUCAGUGCUUGACCAGUCAGGCCUUACUACUUGUUUUGAAAACUCAAAAGCAAUUUAGUGGUUGCAAAUAUACCAGAACUAUUUUUGGUGGAUACAUCAAAUUUACUGUUGACAAAUUUCAGCCUUUAUUUUUUUUGUAGUUACCAGUAGGCUUAAAGUUACCCAUUGUUGUUCCAGUGUAAGUAGUUCCAUAAUUAAGAGUUGAUUGUAAAUUUACCAUCUUCAAAUUAAAUACAUUUUGAAAAGAAAUUAAUUUCAUAGAAAUAUCAUCUAAUCACUACUUUUCUGUGGGUGAAAAAAGUUCAAGCAGUUAAGCUUUCUAAAUGGUAACAAAGUACUUUCCAAAAGGCAAGUGCUACGACACCACGUGUGAAUGUAAUUCUCUUAGCAUUUUACCUCUGACUACUUGGUGUCUUAACACUUUGGUUUCUAUCUCAGGGGUUGUCUGCAAACCAAAACUGACAUGUUCUGUGAUUAGCUUUUGAUUUUUUGCUUUUGUUUUAUUUUGCCACUAUUCUUUUGUCUUUUGUGGGUUAAUAACUAGUCUCCAUGAACUUCCUUUUGAAAGAGCCUGUAAAAGUUAGAUGAGUCUAAAGUGUUCUUUGAAGUGGCAGCAAACUGGGAGGAUAUGCUCUAUUACAUAGAAAUAAAUUGUCCUUGCUAUUUUUCUUACAUUUAGCUUUGCUAAAUUGUAUAUAAUUUGAGCUAAGACCAUAGGAAAUUCACUUUCUGCAUGGUAAAAAAAGACCCAAUAAAUAGUCUACUUUACUUAAUAAUAUAUGGAUAAGGUACAUAGAGAUUUUUGCAGCAGUAUUAGUUGCUCUGUGGCUGCACUGUAUUAUCACUAUGCUAAGUUUUGGCAAUGACUGGACUCAAGUUUUCAAGUAGAGUCUGAGGGUGUUAGACAGUGAAAAUGUGCUGUUAAUUAAGUAGCAUGUGAAUCAGUUGAUUCUAAAAUGUUUAACUAGGAAUUUAUUUUAGCUCUAUUUUAUUUCAGAAAGGUGAUGAACCACUCUACCUGUGCAUCUGUUAGUAGGUGCCACAGGGUUUCUAUUUACAUGGACGUUUUGUGCAGUCUUUGUUAUAAAUUUUCAAAAGACUAUAAUCUUUACUUUGAAAGACUGUUUUUUAACUAUACCUCAUUUAGCUAACUAGUAUUCUCUACUGGUAGAGAAACAGUGAGCCAGCCUCUAAGCAUCCAACAAAAUUUAGAUUAUAUGUUUUGUUUUGUCUUGUUUCGAACUGAAGGCACCCUUAGAAAAGAUAAAUGAUACCUUAGUUUAGAAUAGAACAUACAUGUCAUAUCCAGUAGUAUAAAGAAAGUAGGAAGACCCCAUCUCCAUUAAUGUAUUUAGUUGUGCAAUAUGGAUAAGAUUUUUGCAGCAGUUUCUGGGUAAGAUUAUAAUCACAUUUUACAGGUUCUGAAUGCUAAGAAUCUGUUCUAAGAGGUUUUUUUUCCAGUAGACGUUCUGAAUGCUGAGAAUCUGUUCUAAGACUUAUAAAGUUUUUUUUCCAGUAGCAGUAAAAUGACAAAUUUAAAUAGGCUUUCUUUUCAAGUUUUACUUAGAAUCCUUUAUAAAGAUCAUUCUAAUCUUUAAAAAUGAGCUUCUAAGCCUAAAAUGUGUAAACCACAUUUCAUUAUGUUGGUUUACUGAUCUUAAAUUUUAAGCAUGCCUUUCUACAAUCAGAUUUUUUUAAAGAAAUUUUUUAGACCUUAUUUAAAAAACAACAACAACAACAACAAAAAACCUUCCUUUCUUGUUAUAUCCAGGGACAGAGAGGAAUGUCUAAAAAUGAAAUUCCUUGAUUCAGAAGAACAUAGAAGAUCAGACUAUACUAAUAAAAUUUCUGAUUCUAGAAAAAUUUUACAACAGAGUCAUUCUUUUUUUUUUUUUAGACUAAUAAAAUUUAUGGGUCAUAUUCAGUGUAAAGGAAGUAAAUGGCCAAAAUGUACAGAAAUGAAAAUUAGCAAACAGUUGUUUUAGGGAUUUCUUUUUCAGACUUUACUUGAUUUAUUGAUACAUAUGCCAUAUGCAGUUGCAUUUCUUGUUGCCAAGACUAAAGGAACUUCAAGUUUUAUCUUUGUACCUUUUUUAAACAAAUGUGAACUGAUGAUGGUUCAGUCCUAUGGCCUUACAGAUGAGUUUUUAAUCACUGACAGUGCAGUUCCUUUAAUGCAAAAUGUCAUAAACUAUCUUGACUAAAACCAUGCCCCUCAUAGCAACUGUCUAGCUUUCUCAUAGAAUUCUCCUAAUUGUGUGUUUAAAAAUAUAUUUUAUUUUUUUGCUCCAGCAGCUUACUGUGGAAAGCUCCUGUGGAUAACAUGGACCUGUCAUGUGGUUGGUCUGUUUAAGCCAGUUUAUUAACUAUGUACUGAUACUGAUG